CGCGCUGACGUCACGGACGGGAGCCGCGGGGGGUCAGUCGGAGGCGGCGGCGGCGGCUUCGCGGGGCUGCGGCAGGGCCGCCAUGGGGGAGCUGUUCCGCAGCGAGGAGAUGACCCUGGCCCAGCUCUUCCUGCAGUCCGAGGCCGCGUACUGCUGCGUCAGCGAGCUGGGCGAGCUGGGCAAGGUCCAGUUCCGCGACCUGAACCCGGACGUGAACGUUUUCCAGCGCAAGUUCGUCAAUGAGGUCAGGAGGUGUGAGGAGAUGGACCGAAAGCUGAGGUUUGUUGAGAAGGAGAUCAAAAAAGCAAAUAUUCCUAUCACAGACACUGGUGAAAACCCAGAGGUGCCUUUUCCACGUGACAUGAUUGACUUGGAGGCAAACUUUGAGAAAAUUGAAAAUGAGUUGAAAGAAAUCAACACAAACCAGGAAGCUCUGAAGAGGAAUUUCUUGGAGCUGACAGAACUAAAAUUCAUACUGCGUAAAACUCAGCAGUUUUUUGAUGAGGCUGAAUUGCAUCAUCAGCAGAUGGCGGAUCCAGACCUGUUGGAGGAAUCCUCUUCACUCCUGGAACCAAGUGAGAUGGGAAGAGGAGCCCCACUGCGCCUCGGGUUUGUGGCCGGUGUGAUCAACCGGGAGCGGAUCCCGACCUUCGAGCGGCUGCUCUGGCGCGUCUGCCGAGGGAACGUCUUCCUGCGCCAGGCGGAGAUCGAGAACCCCUUGGAGGACCCUGUGACGGGGGAUUAUGUGCACAAGUCUGUGUUUAUCAUCUUCUUCCAAGGUGACCAGUUGAAGAACAGAGUCAAGAAGAUCUGUGAGGGAUUCCGUGCCUCCCUCUACCCAUGCCCAGAAACACCACAGGAGCGGAAGGAAAUGGCUUCUGGUGUCAAUACCAGAAUUGAUGAUCUUCAGAUGGUGCUGAACCAGACUGAGGAUCAUCGCCAGCGGGUUUUGCAGGCGGCUGCCAAGAGCAUCCGUGUGUGGUUCAUCAAAGUGCGCAAGAUGAAGGCCAUCUACCACACCCUGAACCUCUGCAACAUCGACGUGACACAGAAGUGCUUGAUUGCUGAGGUCUGGUGCCCUGUUGCUGACCUGGACUCCAUCCAGUUUGCUCUCCGGAGAGGCACAGAGCACAGUGGAUCCACUGUCCCAUCUAUUUUAAACAGGAUGCAAACCAAUCAGACCCCACCAACAUACAACAAAACUAACAAGUUUACUUCUGGCUUUCAAAACAUUGUUGAUGCUUAUGGCAUUGGAACAUACCGGGAAAUAAAUCCAGCACCGUACACCAUCAUCACCUUCCCCUUUCUGUUUGCUGUCAUGUUUGGAGAUUUUGGCCACGGGAUCCUGAUGACUCUGAUUGCUGUCUGGAUGGUGUUAAGGGAAAGUCGGAUUCUGUCACAGAAGAGUGACAAUGAGAUGUUCAACAUGGUUUUCAACGGCCGAUACAUCAUUCUGCUGAUGGGCCUGUUCUCCACCUACACAGGCCUCAUCUACAAUGACUGCUUCUCCAAGUCUCUCAAUCUGUUUGGUUCCUCAUGGAGUGUCCGGCCCAUGUUCUACCCCAGAGGCAACUGGACAGAUGAGGUGGUUGCCACCACUCCCCUGCUGCAGCUGGAUCCGGCUCUCGCAGGGGUGUUCGGCGGACCCUACCCCUUCGGCAUCGACCCGAUUUGGAACAUUGCCACCAAUAAGCUGGCCUUCCUCAACUCCUUCAAAAUGAAAAUGUCUGUGAUUCUUGGCAUCAUCCACAUGCUCUUUGGUGUCACGUUGAGUCUUCUCAACCACAUCUAUUUUAAGAAGCCACUGAACAUAUACCUGGGAUUUAUUCCAGAAAUGAUUUUCAUGUCAUCCCUGUUUGGAUACCUUGUUAUUCUCAUUUUCUACAAGUGGACAGCCUACGAUGCUCACACCUCAAAGGAGGCACCAAGCCUUUUAAUACAUUUUAUCAACAUGUUUCUGUUCUCCUAUUCUGACACCAGUAUUAAGAUGCUCUAUAAAGGGCAGCAAGGGUUCCAGUGUUUCCUCGUGGUGGUGGCGUUGCUGUGUGUGCCAUGGAUGCUGGUAGCUAAACCCCUGGUCCUUCGCCAUCAGUAUUUGAGGAGAAAGCACUUGGAAGGGCAGCCCGUGGAGGCCCAGGUCAGCCCAGUCCCGAGCGAGCAGGCACUAGAGGCAGCAGCGGCUGCAACAGGAACGCACAACUUUGGUGGCAUCCGGGUGGGCAACGGGCCAACCGAGGAAGAUGCAGAGAUCAUCCAGCAUGACCAGCUGUCUACCCAUUCUGAGGAGGGGGAGGAGCCUACAGAGGAUGAGGUGUUUGACUUCGGGGACACCGUGGUGUACCAGGCCAUCCACACCAUUGAGUACUGCCUGGGCUGCAUUUCAAACACGGCUUCCUACUUGAGGCUCUGGGCUCUCAGCUUAGCCCACGCACAGCUCUCGGAGGUGCUCUGGACCAUGGUGAUCCACGUUGGCCUCAGCGUGAGGAGUCUGGGUGGAGCCUUUGGCCUCUUCUUCGUAUUUGCUGCUUUUGCUACCCUGACAGUAGCAAUUCUCCUGGUCAUGGAGGGGCUUUCUGCCUUUCUCCAUGCUCUUCGCUUGCACUGGAUCGAGUUCCAGAACAAGUUCUACACUGGCACUGGAUUCAAGUUUCUCCCUUUCUCCUUUGAUACCAUCCGUGAAGGGAGGUUUGAAGACUAAGACCCCCCUCAAGCAGUGUUACCUGCUGUGUGUUUAGCCCUGUCCCCUGUGUGUGAGUUGCAUGUCACCCCCCACAGUGAAAGUAACUUAUUGCAGCCCCCUUGAGUGUUCCCAUGGUGUUUGAGAGCCAAAAGCUUUAACAUUCUUGGGUAACAAGUGACGCUUUUUGUUCCUUAGGUUUCCCCUGAAGAUAGUAAGUGCAUGGAGUGCUUGAGCGUGGUGUGUGGUCGUGUCCUUGUGUUGUGGAUCCCCUGGCAAGCUCAUCAGGGCAGUGGGAGAGAAAUGCAGCCGUGGCUGAGCGGGCAUACGAGCACGUGGAGGAACGGGCUGACAACAGCAGCUUGCACAGAGCUGGCUUUGACAGAGAGGGGUUUUAGGAAAGUUUUCCACAUGGAUUCCAUGCGUCUGCCUCUGAUUAAACAAACAGUGAGCAGUGGGCAGUCAACAACCCAGGGCAUUGAUUUUCCUACCUCCAGAGCUUCCACAUGCCAUGUUUUAAUCUGACCAGAAUGAUGUCUCAUCCCAUCCAGGGAUUCACCUCUUUGAACUGUGGCUGGGGCUUGAGGAGCCAGUUUGAAGGGGUAGGACUAAGUGUAUGGUGGCUGAUUGUUCCAGUGAUGGAGAAACACCUUGUCCUUGCAAGAAAGGCUGUUCCAUUCUCCAUGGAAAAGAGAUGCUCUUUUAACUGUGCACCCACACUCAUAUCCCAGGCAAGGCCCCAAGUCCAGCAGCAAAGGCCCCUUCCAGCUCUUUUUUCUAGAGGCAGCAGUGAAAAGGGGGGUCUCAGGCCUGGGGGUUUGGCUGUCUUGCUGCAGCCUGGGACAAGCCAGGGUGCAGACUCAUCUCAGGUAUUGACUGCUGGCAGUGAAACUUCUUGGGUUUCUUGUUUCAAUCCAAAGCCAUGAGGCUGCAGAAUCCUGGAGGCACAUCCAGGUAAUGCCCCUGUGGACUUGGCUUUUGCAAAGGUUCCAGUGACAUGUGUUGCCACGUGUGCUCGGGGUGGAAGGAGCCCAUGGAGGGGAGCAGAGGCUGAGUCUUGCCAACAUAGUCCCAUGGCAGUGGGGUCUUAGUGGUGUUUCCCCACAAUAGCUGUUCCUUUUUCUCCUGUGCAAGAUGUGAAUAAUUUGUUACCCUCCUCAACUAGAUGUGGCUGCAGGAGCAGUGGUGUCUGUGUUAGUGCUGUGUAUAACUGUCGUGUUCAAUUGUCACAGUGGACCUGAAGUAUUUGUAUAUUAUCAGAUAAGAACUAUAAUGAGAAUAUAAUUGUAACCCGGAAUGCCACGCAGUGCAGAGCUGCCUAAAAGUAAGUGAGAGAUGUGUGAGCACUGCAGGGAGCAGGGGGUCCCUGUGCUGUGCCAGGGGUCUCGCUGUGUUUACAGGCAGACGUGGUGUGUGUUUACAACCGUCUUAGCAGAGCAAAAGGCAGAAUCAAACCUUGUCUGCAGUGGAGCAGUGACACCCAUCCUGCUGCCCGGGUGAAAGGCACUGCUGACAGUCACUGUAAAAAUUAAACUAACUGCAAAAUAAA